GUCUGGGAGGAGACAGCUCCACUAUAAAAGCGUGCAGCCUGAUUCCACAGCACCAGAGGAGCUCAGCUGUUUCACUCUGCAAAUCGUCUACUUGUUGAAGAAUCAUGGCAAAGCGUGUUGCUGUCAUUUUGUCCGGCUGUGGAGUCUACGACGGCACAGAGGUGCACGAGGCUUCAGCUGUCCUCGUCCACCUGAGUCGUGCCGGAGCAAAAGUUCAGAUGUUCGCUCCAAAUGCAGAUCAGAUGCACGUCGUGAAUCACUGUGAGGGGAAGCCUACAGAAGAGAAAAGAAACAUCCUGCAGGAAAGCGCCCGAAUUGCCAGGGGCGACAUAACCGACCUGGCCAAGUUAAAUGUCUCUGAGUUUGAUGCCUGCAUCAUCCCAGGGGGGUUUGGAGUGGCCAAGAACCUGAGUGACUGGGCAGUAAAGAAUAAGGACUGCACAGUCCUGCCACAAGUAGAGAAGAUCAUCACAGCUUUCCAUAAGGCUAAAAAACCUCUGGCACUGUGCUGCAUUUCCCCCGUCCUGGCGGCAAAGAUCAUCCCAGGCUGUGAGCUCACUGUGGGCCAGGACAAGGAGUGUGAAAAGUGGCCGUAUGCAGGGACAGCAGGUGUCAUGAAGGAGCUGGGCUGCAAACAUGUGAACAAAGACGUGGAAGAAGCUCACGUUGAUCUCAAAAAUAAGCUGGUCACCACUUCUGCCUUCAUGUGCAACGCUCCCAUACACAAAGUGUUUGAUGGAAUCGGUGUCAUGGUGAAAGAAACUCUGAAGUUGGCUUAGCACCAGUUUAUUUGUUAUGUUGUGUUUGAUGGAUCUGCUGACAAUUGCUUGAUGUCCUUUUAAAAGUUUUCAAUAAAAACUUUUUUUUUUUAAAUUACAC